AUGGCAAAAUCUCUUCGCUCCAAGCGCAUGAGAAGAAAUCGGGCUUACAGAGCUCAGAAGACAGGCCCAAGGGUGCUGAAACGAAUGGUCGACAGUCUCGAAAAGGCAAAGGUCUUUAAUGAAGCACGAGAGGCGGAGAAACUGAAAGAAGGCGGAGUCGAGAUGGAAGAUGUCACAGAGCAACCAGAAAAGAGCGGAGACGCAGAAAUGGUCGACCCAAACAAAAGCUCGAUGUCGAAACAGGAUUGA